GGAGGAGGUGAGAUCAGCAGGGUGCUGCUGCUGCUGUAGAGGAACCGUGCUUGAGGAUCAGCAUCCUGAGCCCGCCAGCAUCUCCUCCUCUCACCACAGCGGAACCCGAGUGAGCCCCGGCGAUGGCUCUGGCUGUCAGGAUGUCGCGCUCGGUCGCUCUCGGUUUCUUGGUCGGUCUGAUCUCCGUCGUGUUCGGCCGAAGCCCCCACAAGGCCGACCAGGUGUCUGAGGCCGACAUACAGCGCCUCCUGCACGGCGUGAUGGAGGAGCUGGGCAUCGCUCGACCCCGAGUGGAGUAUCCUGCUCACCAGGCCACCAACAUAGUGGGCCCUCUCAGCAUUCAGGGUGGAGCUCAUGAGGGGCUGCAGCAUCUUGGACCAUACGGGAACAUCCCAAAUAUAGUGGCAGAACUGACUGGGGACAAUGUUCCAAAAGACUUCAGUGAAGACCAUGGCUAUCCUGACCCUCCCAACCCCUGCCCACUGGGAAAAACAGCUGCUGAUGGCUGCUUGGAGAAUUCACGCGACACAGCUGAGUUCAGCCGCGAGUUUCAGAAACACCAGCACCUCUUCGACCCAGAGCAUGAUUACCCCACACUGGCCAAGUGGAAUAAGGAAAUGUUGUAUCAGAAAAUGAAGGGAGGACCCAAAAGACGAAAAAGGAGCACCAACCCAUAUUUAAUGGGACAGAGACUGGACAAUGUAGUGGCCAAGAAGUCUGUGCCACAUUUCCCAGAAGAGGAGGAAAUGGAAACAGCUACAAGCAAUAUCAUGCCCUGAGCUUUAUAUUUUAUUAACAACUGUAUGAUGUUGAUUGAGAUACUUACCAUGUGUCAUAUCCCAUUUAGAAUCAUUAAACCUGAUGGAAAAUAAAGAUGAUUAUUUAAAAUGGUUUAUUUACAGUGGUUUAUCAGAGUUUUUGCUUUGAGAAGAUUAAUAAAAACUAUAUGUUCAUGUGCAA